AUGGAUUGGUUUCAUUGCAACCGGUGUUUCCGAAAAGAUGGGACCCAUUACUUUGUCACCAGCUGUGGCCAUAUUUUCUGUAAAAAGUGCGUGACUCUGGAAAAAUGUUCUGUUUGUGGAGCUGCUUGCAAGCAUCUGGCUCUUUCUGAUAAAAUGAAACCUCAGGAGAAGAUGUACUUCAAAAACCCUGUGGAGACAGCUUUGCAGCAUUUUAGUCACAUCUCUCAGGUGUGGAGUUUCCAGAAAAAACAAACAGAUCUCCUCAUCGCCUUUUAUAAGCAUAGAAUUACAAAGUUAGAAGCAGCCAUGCAGGAGGCACGGCAAACAGUGGCCAGCCAGAACAAAGAGCUGUCAGUCUUAAGGAAAGAGAAUGGAGAACUAAAGAAAUUUCUAGCCAUCCUGAAGGAAUCGCCAAGUUGGUACCAAGGAAGCAGGCCAACCACACCUCGACCGGUGGGCAUUACUUCCCCAACACAGUCAGUUACUCCAAGACCCAGUUGUCAGCAUAGCAGUCAAGUGGUCAGCCGGUCCUCCUCAGUGGAGUCUAUCCCUUAUAGAGUGGCUGGCUUUAGUAGCAGCGUGGGACAAGGAGCCAGAGGCGUUCAGGGAAGGAGCACUCCCAGCGACUCUUAUACUGAAACCCCUUCACCAGCUUCCACUCACAGCCUAUCAUACAGAACUUCAUCUGCCUCUUCUGGACUGGGGAUUUUUUCUUUCAGACCAUCCCUGAAUAGUGGGGAUUCAGGCCACAUACAAGUACUCACCCCCAACAAUUCAGGUCAGAGGGAGAAUAGAAGCGCACUAGAGAGUCUUCCUGGUUUUCAGCUACCAGCCCUGCAGACUCUCUACCAACAAAGGCAGAUGGGAUUAGCCAGGGGGAGAGAAGCAUGGACCAUUCCCAGAUAGAACAUCUUCAAGGUCUGAUCUAUACAUGCUACUGAAGGACAGACUAGCAACCAAUACCCAUUAGGCAUGAUGGCCUUAGGAAAUGUACCCCUGGCUGGUUUCAUUCUGUACUUUCUAUCUUUACUAUGUAUACCCUAUAUUACCUCCUUAGAAAGUGGUUAGGUAUUAUAUAAGGCUAGUGCUUCAGGAAGAUUACAUUUCUCCCACAAGACAUCUUAUUUCCUACAACUUGAAACAAAGGUUAUAAAAACAUCUCAUCAUCCUUAGGGGUGGGGAUAAUAUACUUAUUAACUAGGUUUUACUUCUGGAUUUCAUUUUCUAGUUUUGGAUAUAUUCUCCCAUUGCCAAUGUUAACAAGUAACAAUUCUGUUCCCUGCCCUAAUUGAUUAAACUUUUUUUUUCAGUUUGCCUAUUGUUUCCUCUAUGCCUAGUUAUUAUUAAAUGUUUAUUUUCCUUUCUGUCUGAUAAUAGUUGGAGACAAGAUGUUCAGCUUACUAAAGUACAUAGAUAAUAAAGACGUCCUUUCAUUGCUAUUGCAAUUCUAUUAGUAUUGCAAGCUCUAGAAUGGUGGAAUGGGCAAAGAACACUACCACUGAGAUCAAUUAUUUAUUGUUCUUUGGGUACUAAGGGGUAGAAUUAAAUGGGUAGGCCACAGGCAGGCAGGCCUUAAGCAAAAAUAUUGGGGGUGAGGUAAAAUAGCAAGCAUCUGCCAGAAAUAAAUAGGUCUUGGGAAUGACCUUGUAGAUAAACUAAGAUGCCAUUACCCUUUCUGGAACUCUGGAUUUAUUUUUAAAGGCAUUUCCAGACACACCUCAUCUUCUGAGCAAGAGCCUGUGCUGUAGCAGGUGUAGGAAACAAUCUGCCUAGUAAUACUGAUCUACUGCCUUUCAAAGUUCUUUUUUUUUUUUUUUAAAUAUAUUUUAUUGA